AUGGUAGACUACGAAGACAUCAAAUUGGCGUUAAUUAAGGCAAUCAAUGUGGCAUACUGUCAAGAUCCAGAGGAUCAUGUUAGACGUGUAGCAAAACAACUUGUUCAAGAUGAAGCAACCUACAUGGAAUAA